CUUAAACUCUGCAGAUUCUUCACUGAAGAUGGAACCAGAAAACAUUGACUGGGACAACAUCGACUCCACAUUCAUUCAAGAUGACACGUACGAGAACUUCGACGCGCCUAAAUGGGUUGAUCUCUCUGCUUCUGAUGAGCUUCUUGUUGUUGAUCAUGAUUCCUGGUUUUGCACUCACGAUUGCAAGCAUCCAAAAACUGCUCAAGAUUUUCUUAAACCCACAACCACAACCAAUUCCAAGACGAAGCUAUUAAGAUUUGUAACCAUUUCUGAUAUUCUUCCCUUUAGGGACAGAAACCGAAGGGAAAAUUCUUCAGCUGCAGAAAGUUCCUAUGCUAAGUCUUUUGAGAAACCAAGAAGACCCAGUUGUUCAACAAAAUUUGAUGAAGACAUUGAGAAUAAAAAUCCAAACUUUUCUGCUACACAUCCUAAUGGUAGGACCAACAAGCUGAAAAAGCCAUUGAUGAGGCCAAUCAAGGAGAAUUCAGAACAGUUGAAUGGUUCAAAGGAGUAUCCUGUUGAAAGUCAUCGAAAAUCGAAGCUAAAGAGUACUUUCUCAGCACAAAAUUUGUUGGGUGGUAGAGAAAUUCUGGGUCAGAUCACUGGAUUCUGCUCUGAAUUGAAGAGGCUAGCAAGGAAGGGUUCCAAGAAAGGUGCAACUGAGAAUGCUCCAACCAAAAGUGGAGUGUCAGAAGAAUUGAAGGAGACUGUGGGACACAGGGAAAGGGUGCCUCUACUUGUUGUCAAGAAGGGACAACAUUGA